AUGACUAUCAAGGAGCACAACACCGAGAUGCAUGGCUUAUUUAGCGCCACUAGUCUUCGAGCGAUGCAGCCCGCCGUCAGGAAGCCCUUCUACACACCCGGCCCUCUCUCAACAACAACCCCCUCCUCCUUGCCGGGAGCGAGCCCUUUCCUUGGCUCCAGAUCAACACGCUACCCCGGCAUCCCGUCAGGAUCCAAUAUUUAUCGCGCACCAACCCAGAACGGACCCAACAACCCUCAGGUAUCCUCUGUGAGGCCCGACACCUUUGCGCAACAGGAACAAGAUGAACCCAACACCUCUACCACCAUCCCUCGCCUGCAACCCAUGCCUCAUGACCCCUCGACCAAGGAACACGGUCAAGGCCGUAGCCUUCCGCCACUCUUUUCCCCUCCGAGACCAGAGUACCCUGGUUUAAGCCUUACCCCUGCUGGGACCUUCUACUCUCCACCGGCCCCCAUGCCCAAACCCUCCACCUACCAAGCGUUACCAAAGGAUGACAUCCCCGCCAACUCCAAGAUGAACGCUGCCUCGUCGAACCACACCUCCACCACCGGUCUUCCACCCAACAUCUUCGCUGCACCAGCUAAAGGGUCUGGGCUGAGCGAGGUGGAGAAGAAGGAGACAAAGGAGACGAAUCCGGAGUCGGUUGCGGCUAUGGAAAAGCCGGAGGCGGGUACAGUGGUGGAAUGGAAGGGGUGGAAGGAGUGGGCGAAGAAGAAAAAGAAGAAGAAGAAGAAGGAUGAGGAGAAAAAGGAAGAGGAGGAGGGGGAGGAGGACAGCACCGAAGACGACUGGGACAGCCUCGCGGGCAAUCCAGACUCCAGCGACAUGGAGGACCAAGAAGGCGAGAUGGUAGAGCAAGAUUCCAGCGAGGAUGACUGGUGA